ACGUCAAGCCAGAGGUAUCUCCUGGUUAUUGAGAGAUCUGAAGAAGUGAAAGCUCAGCAACAAUGGUGCUCUCUGGUCCCAACAAAAAGGCUAUAGAGGAAUUGGGCAACCUGAUAAAGGCAAAUGCUGAAGCUUGGGGUGCGGAUGCUUUAGCCAGGCUGUUUGAGCUCCAUCCUCAAGCUAAGACGUACUUCACAAAAUUCAAGAGCUUCGAUGCCUCUGACGAACAAGUCAGAAAGCAUGGUCAGCGGGUAAUGAAUGCUCUGGCGGAAGCAACCCAUAACUUGGAUAACCUGCAUGCACACCUGGAAGAUCUUGCCAGGAAACAUGGUGAAAAACUUCUUGUGGAUCCUCAGAACUUUCAUCUGUUUGCUGAUUGUAUCGUAGUCACCCUUGCCAUUAACUUGCAAUCGUUUGCCCCAGUAACCCACUGUGCUGUCGACAAAUUCCUUGAGUUGCUGGCAUAUGAACUGAGCUCCUGCUACCGUUGAAGAUGCAAUCGGCAAACCGUGUGAAUGACAGCAAGAUCAUCACUUAAAUCUCCUCCUGCGUGUUUUCUCAAGCUGUCUGCUAAUAAAUCAUUAGUCCUGUAAACACACUUACUGUGUUUGCUUUUGCUCCUGUUCUUUAAUUAAUUCCACAUUUUGGAAUUGAUUAAUUGUCAUAAUUGGUAAACUGAACUAAAUAAACACUCACUUUUAUCAAUG